GGUUGCGAUGCAAGUGUUUCUGCUUCUCUCGCAGCGCGCAAUGUUGGAAGCCAACUUCUUCACGCAAUGAAUCCUGUUAACCACACCAGGACUUUGACGAACACGGAAAAUUAUCUUUUUGCUGUUGGUACCUACAAACUUCUUGCUUUUACCAUCGGCGCAAUUUGCGCUCUAGGAUUUAGCAGCAAUGUUCUCGUCAUCGUCCUGUACUACAAAUUUAAGCGACUCCGGACCCCCACGAAUUUGCUGCUGUUGAACAUCAGCAUAAGUGAUCUGCUUAUGUGCGUUAUUGGGAUUAACUUUACAUUCAUUUCGUGCAUCAAAAGAAGAUGGGUAUGGAACACGGCGACGUGUGUCUGGGAUGGUUUCAGCAACAGUUUAUUUGGCAUCGUGUCCAUCAUGACCCUCUCGGCGCUGGCGUACGAGCGCUACAUCCGGGUGGUGCACGCCAAGGUGGUGGACUUCCCCUGGGCCUGGCGGGCCAUCACCCACAUCUGGCUCUACUCCAUAGCCUGGACCGGGGCUCCUCUGCUGGGCUGGAACCGCUAUACGCUGGAGGUGCACCGGCUGGGCUGCUCGCUGGACUGGGCCUCCAAGGACCCUAACGACGCCUCCUUCAUCCUGCUCUUCCUGCUCGGAUGCUUCUUCGUGCCCGUGGGCAUCAUGGCCUACUGCUAUGGGAAUAUCCUCUACACCGUACGAAUGCUGCGCUCCAUCCAGGACCUUCAGACGGUACAGAUCAUCCGCAUCCUGCGCUACGAGAAGAAGGUGGCGGUGAUGUUCCUGCUGAUGAUCUCCUGCUUCCUGGUGUGCUGGACGCCGUACGCCGUGGUCUCCAUGCUGGAGGCCUUUGGCAAGAAGAGCAUGGUCUCGCCCACGCUGGCCAUCAUACCUUCCUUCUUCGCCAAGUCCAGCACCGCCUACAACCCUCUCAUAUACAUCUUCAUGAGCAGAAAGUUCCGGCGGUGUCUGCUGCAGCUGCUCUGCUCCCGGCUGGUGCGCCUGCAGCACAGCAUCAAGGAGCGGCCGCUGGCCAGUAAGGAACGCCCCAUACGCCCCAUCGUGGUGUCUCACGGCCGCCCCGACCGGCCCAAGAAGAGGGUGACCUUCUCCUCUUCCUCCAUCGUCUUCAUCAUUGCCAGUCACGACACGCAGCCGCUCGAUGUGCAGUCCAACUGCGAGAGCACCGCAGAGAUCAACGUCAUACAGGUGCGACCACUGUGAGCGCACUGGAGCAGUGGGUACGGGCUACGGACACAGACGUGUGGUUGCACACACAUACAGUACACAUAGUACACACACAUACUGUACACACACACACACACACACACACACACACAUGCACGCGUGAGCGCGCUCAAGAUAACAUGCAAAGAAAAACAGAAGCACAACACUCAAAAAACUGUUUGGCACAAACUGCAACUCACUCUUCCAGUCUGGGGAGCUGCACUGAUGCAUACAGCUCAACUGUGUGAAACCUCUCCUGUGCAUACCUAAGCUAUGCACACCUGGGCACAGCAGAACUUCUACACAUAUCCGUGGCAGUGAUGAGUUACCUGGAUUCCUUAGCCACAAUCCAGUGACACAUAUUCCAAAAUCACCAGUUUUUGGGGCUGGACUGGCCAUCUGGCAUACCAGGCAUUUUCAUUUCUGAAAAUAGUGGCCCACAAGUAUGUGGGGCCCACCAGUGAGUCAGUUGUGCGCUUCUAAUUAACAGGGGCCCCUUUAAGCCAAAAGUGCCCGGGUCCUAUUUCUCCCCCAGUCCAGUCCUGCCAGUUUUUUACCUGUCCAAAUCAACCAGGUGUUUGAAUGCUCACCUGGUUAAAUUGAACAGGCAAAACCAGAUCAUUGGGAAGAUGUGGCACUGGUUUAUUAGCCUGAUUAUCAUCGACUUUCAAAUCUCUCCGAGACUUGGUCUGACCAAGAGCAUAACAAUUAACAUUUCCCAGACAGCAUUUCCCAAAUGGCCUCCCUUGGUUUGCUAAUGAUUGUUUACUUCCCAACAAAUUGGGAGGAGUUCCCGUAUUUGCAGGAACUCACAAAGUACUUGCAUUGCUCUUGACCUGACUGGUAGUUGACGCUGAAGCUGUUGCGUCACUAGGAGGGCACGGCCUGGCUACUGGUUUAUAUGAAACGAAUCCAGGUUGCCCACCACUGAUCUGGGGCCAGCAGUCUGAAGACCAGCUCAAAUUCAGGUAUCUUCAUAUCGUAUGACAACUACUACUAUACAAUACAUAUCAAUCUACUACAGAUCUGUAGCACCAGUGGAAAUGGUUCCUUUCUACCUUCUUGUGUACAUACUAGCACCGAAUGUAAAUGUAAAUCUCUGUAAAUACACAGUUUGAUGUGAUUGAUCUUACGUUUAUUUUUGUUGUCUCGCACCACAUGAAAGAAAGCCUAUUAAUUCCAGUAGAUGUCUGUUAGUUUCCAUCCAAGUUGGUGACAUAUGCACACAUGCAAAAGGACAACUGGAGAACAGUUUGCCUCCAGCACAUUCAGGUUUUGUAAAUCUCACAUAGAUAAACACUUGAAAAGUGCAUUAACCUUUUAAAACAUGGUCUAUUAAUACUGUGGUGUGGUUUGCAUCUCCUUAAUAUACAUUUAUAUUGAUUCAUUAUUUCAUUCAACUGGUGGUCAUGAGAGAAAUGUCACAAAAGUCCCCAACACCAGUAGCUUGUGAUCCCGUAGAAAAUAUUGAAUGAUAAUGGGGGAUGAAGUCUCAAAUGUCAAACAUUUUAAGUGGAAUGGAAACCUUAGAACUGACUGAAAAUGUAAUGUAUUCAAUGGAUCAUUGUAUGCAGUAUUGGUGUUGUUGGUUAGGUUAGAGAGUUACACAUUAUUAAGAAAAAAUAGAGCCAGUUAUAGUUCUUCACAGCAAUGCCACCAAGGAACAAUCUGAAGAACCUUUUUGCCCUGAAAUUACAAAACGUAUCAAAGGCAUCAAAGGAAAAAAAUAAUAUGAAAAUUUCACACAACAUGAAACCAUCCAUUGUAGAUGUGAAGAACAUUUUUAAGCACCUUUAUUUUUUUUAAGCGUAUGGCACAAAGAAUAUAUCACGGCUGUGUGACUGAUAGGCUUGAACAUCACUUGUUCUUAUGUUGUUGUUCACCACUCUUAACAAUGUACAGAUCAAAUAAAGAUAUCAUAUUUUAAGAUUUUUAACAUGGCUGUCUAUUGACUUUUGACUUUUGACCUGUUUCCCCCUUUUCGUCAACACUUCCGACGGAGACAGACGUUUAUGGAAAUAAGUAACUGCCAAUUUCUCAAAGCUGGUGGUAAAUGUCAGGUGCUUUUCACAGCUGCGAUGUGUUAUGAUGCCGAGCCUUGGUGGACAAAUUGAACACGUGCCAAUUGCAAUCUAUUUUAUUCUGGGGAAGAUGGUGCGUAAAUGCCAGCUUUAAUGGAGCCAAGCAGGUGAUUGAUUGCUGUAAAAGCAAAGAAAGUGGGUUUUUUUUUUUUAAAAAAAAAAAAAAAAAAAAAAAACAGUACUGGAAGGGUAAAUGUGAUUUCAUCUGUGUUAUAUGCUUUACUGUUGGGCAGUAUGUAUAGUGAAAGUGGAUGUACAGAUAAGACAAAGCUGUGUCCCCACCGCGCUGCUGAUGGUAGUCAUUAUAGCAGAGAACAUCUCACACUGGGUGAGCAGAAACACAGACAGACACACAGAAAUACACCGUUACCAACCACAGGCUCAUUUGCACUUUGCAACGAAGGCAUAUUUUGAAAAACAGUAAAGUUGAGGAAAAACAGCCAUAGCCACUCACACAAGUCACAUGUAUAGGGAAAAAAAUGUAAAUUUAUUUUAAAAAUAGUAAUGGCACAUGUCCACCGAUUCGUGACUCCAAUUUCCUUGUCAUUUUGUUUGACAUUCAUUAUGUAAAUACCAUAUGCAGGGAUAUCUAGGCAAUUAAAUAGGCACAAUUAUCAUCUUAUCAACUCGACCGCCAAGAUAAGGUUAACUGGCGGAGACAUUUCCGUGUGGGCUCACCGUAGCUAUAACUGUCCACUUAACAUAUGGACAACCAUAAAGGACGUGUGUGUGCGUGUGUGUGUGUGUGCGUGUGUGUGCACGCACGCGUUUGUACGUGUGCGUGCGUCUGUCUGUCUGUCUGUCUGUACAUGUUGGUGUGGUGGAUACAGUGCACAGCACGCUAACACACUGACCUACUAGUCCGGUGUGAAUGCCGCGUGUGUAAAUGAAUUGUGAUGUUUAAUUAUCUUGGAUUGAGUUACGCGGUGGUGGUCGUCCGGCAUGUCAAGACAAACAAUGCGAAGGCUGCACCUCCCAGGUCCCUGAUCUAAUCAGCAUCUCAUCAUACGUCCACUCUAAUACCCGCUUCAGAAGUAGGUCAGCGGUGAAGCGGUUCCUCUACCCCCCCAUGUCUGUCAGAGGGGACUCUGAGGAGAAGCUCUUGGGACACGGAGGAGGGGAAGCACAAUAAAAGAGGACGGCAUUGCAAUGGUCAGAAGUGUCAAUCCCAG